GAGGGAGAGAGAGAGAGACAGAGAGAGAGGAACCAUAGUUGGGGGAGCAUCUAUUUAUCUUCCGAGGAAUGCCUGAAAUCUUCGAGGCGAUGGGGACUGUUCUCCGGAUUAUUCUCUGCGUGGAUCAGACUACGUGUUAUUUCACUCUGUCGGUAUCGGUAUGAUUAACGUAAAGUUGGAUUACGGGAGUAUGGAGAGGAGGAAGAGCCUGUUUCUCUGGCUGGUACUCUUCACGGUGCAGUUCAGCCGGAGUUCACAGCAAGUACUCAGAAUAGGUGGUAUCUUUGAGACUCGUGAGAGUGAGUUGGUGAGUGUAGAGGAGUUGGCAUUUAAGUUUGCAGUGAGCAACAUCAACAGGAACCGGACCUUAAUGCCCAACACCACUCUGACCUACGACAUCCAGAGAAUCAACCUCUUCGACAGCUUCGAGGCCUCCAGGAGAGUGUGUGACCAGUUGGCUCUGGGUGUAUCUGCAGUGUUUGGCCCGUCCCACAGCUCCUCAGUCAGUGCUGUCCAGUCCAUCUGUAACGCCCUGGAGGUACCCCACAUCCAGACGCGUUGGAAACACCCGUCAGUGGACAACAGAGACACAUUUUACAUCAACCUCUACCCAGAAUACACUGCAAUCUCCAGAGCCAUACUGGACAUAGUGACUUUCUUCAAGUGGAAGAGCCUAACAGUGGUCUACGAGGAUAGCACAGGUCUGAUGCGGAUGCAGGAGUUGAUCAAGGCUCCGUCUAAGUUGAACCUGAAGAUCAGGAUACGGCAGCUUCCACCUGGAGAGAUUGAUGCCAGACCUCUUCUGAAGGAGAUGAAGAAAGACAAAGAGUUCUAUAUCUUGUUUGACUGCUCCUACCGGACCUCCGCAGAGAUACUCAAACAGCUCUCGUCGAUGGGAAUGAUGACAGAAUACCAUCACUUCUUCUUCACUACAUUGGAUCUGUUUGCGUUAGACCUGGAGCCGUACCGCUACAGUGGGGUGAAUAUGACAGGUUUCAGGCUGUUGAAUAUAGACGACCUGUAUGUAGCUUCCACCAUGGAGAGGUGGUCUCUGGAGAGGCUUCAGGCUCCACCUAAACAGGAGAGUGGAUUAAUGGAGGGAGUCAUGACGACGGAGGCGGCGUUGAUGUAUGACGCGGUGUUCAUGGUUGCCGUGGCGUCACAGCGAGCCACUCAGAUGACGGUCAGCUCCCUGCAGUGUCACCGACACAAACCCUGGCGCUUUGGACCUCGUUUCAUGAACCUCUUCAAAGAGGCCCAGUGGGAUGGUCUGACAGGUCAUAUAGUCCUCAAUAAGACAGAUGGGCUGAGGAGAGACUUCGACUUGGACAUCAUCAGUCUGAAGGAAGAUGGCACGGCCAGGGGCUUUGUAGAAGGCUCCAGUCGUCUCACUAAAAGGUGGAGCAAGAUUGCGGUGUGGAACUCCUACACGGGUUUGAACCUUACAGAGACCAACAGGGAUAAAACCAACAAUGUGACGGACUCUAUGGCCAACAGGACACUGAUCGUUACUACUAUAUUGGAAAACCCUUAUGUGAUGUUUAAGAAGUCAGACCGGGAGCUGUCCGGUAACGACCGGUUCGAGGGCUACUGCCUGGACCUGCUGAAGGAGCUGUCCAACAUCCUGGGGUUCACCUACGAGGUCAAACUGGUGUCUGAUGGGAAGUAUGGUGCACAAAACGAUAAGGGGGAAUGGAACGGCAUGGUCCGAGAGCUCAUCGACCACAUAGCUGAUCUGGCAGUAGCCCCUCUGACCAUCACAUAUGUGAGGGAGAAGGUGAUAGACUUCUCUAAGCCCUUCAUGACCUUGGGAAUCAGUAUCCUGUACAGGAAACCCAACGGCACCAACCCUGGAGUGUUCUCCUUCCUCAACCCCCUGUCGCCUGACAUCUGGAUGUACGUACUACUGGCCUGCACCGGAGUGAGCUGUGUCCUGUUUGUCAUCGCCAGGUUUACUCCCUACGAGUGGUACAACCCUCACCCCUGCAACCCCUCAUCAGAGUUGCUAGAGAAUAAUUUCACCUUACUCAAUAGUUUCUGGUUCGGAGUGGGAGCUCUCAUGCAGCAAGGGUCAGAGUUGAUGCCUAAGGCCUACUCCACCCGUAUAGUAGGAGGCAUCUGGUGGUUCUUCACCCUGAUCAUCAUCUCCUCGUACACGGCCAACCUGGCUGCCUUCCUCACCGUGGAGAGGAUGGACGCCCCCAUCGACUCGGCUGACGACCUGGCUAAACAGACCCGUAUAGAAUACGGAUCAGUCAGGGACGGGUCCACCAUGACCUUCUUCAAGAAAUCCAAGAUCUCCACCUAUGAGAAGAUGUGGGCGUUUAUGAGCAGCAGGAAGAACACAGCUCUGGUGAAGAACAACAGAGAGGGGAUCACCAGGGUGCUGACCACAGACUACGCUAUGUUGAUGGAGUCCACCAGCAUAGAGUACAUCAGUCAGAGGAACUGUAACCUCACGCAGAUAGGAGGACUUAUAGACUCCAAGGGCUACGGAGUGGGAACACCAAUAGGCUCCCCUUACAGAGACAAGGUGACCAUCGCCAUCCUGCAGCUCCAGGAAGAAGGGAAGCUUCACAUGAUGAAGGAGAAGUGGUGGAGAGGGAACGGUUGUCCUGAGGAGGACAACAAAGAAGCCAGCGCGUUGGGCGUGGAGAACAUCGGUGGCAUCUUUAUCGUCCUGGCGGCUGGACUCGUCCUGUCCGUGUUCGUAGCCAUCGGAGAGUUCAUCUACAAGGCCAGGAAGAACUCUGACAUAGAGGAGUGUGUCUCUUUUAGCUCUGUCAUGGAGGAGCUGGGUAUCUCCCUGCGCUGUCACAAAACCAUCAGGCGAAGGUCACGACCCCGGGGACGAUCUGGAUUGGCCAGCGUCCUCUGUCACCCCAAACGCAUCCUGAGGAAAGAGACUAUGACGUAGGGACAUCCCCGUCUAUGCUUUAAUGAACUGAGGAAAACUCUUGUUGUAACAGACUCUUAUUGGACCCCUCCCAAGAUCUGUUUGUUUGUAUAUAUUGGACUGGAUGUUGUUUGUUUCUCUCUCUCUUUUGUUUUUUUGUGUAUAUACAUAAGAGCAAAUAAGCAUUGAGGAUGUAUUGUUCAUCAACCAGGAAAUGAACAUUGAGGGUGUAUUGUUCAUCAACCAGGAAAUGAACAUUGAGGAUGUAUUGUUCAUCAACCAGGAAAUGAACAUUGAGGAUGUAUUGUUCAUCAACCAGGAAAUAAACAUUGAGGGUGUAUUGUUCAUCAACCAGGAAAUGAACAUUGAGGGUGAAUUGUUCAUCAACCAGGAAAUGAACAUUGAGGAUGUAUUGUUCAUCAACCAGGAAAUGAACAUUGAGGGUGUAUUGUUCGUCAACCAGGAAAUGAACAUUGAGGGUGUAUUGUUCGUCAACCAGGAAAUGAACAUUGAGGAUGUAUUGUUCGUCAACCAGGAAAUGAACAUUGAGGAUGUAUUGUUCAUCAACCAGGAAGUAGGAAUCUGACAGUUUGGAGUGGCGAUACAGUGCUUGGGUGUUUUAUACAUUUUACAGUGCUUGACUGGUUUAUACAUUUUGUGAAAAAGCGUAAACAGCUCUUUUGCCUCAAAAGACCAGAUCAUUGAACUACUAGAGAAGAAACAAAGUCCUGAAAGAAUGUUUCACUCUGGCUAAGGAGACUUCCAGACUGCAUGGUGUCUUUGAUGCAACAAUUGUAAAUGACAAGAUGGGAUAAUCCAGGAUGCUCUAUGAGAUUAGACUCCUCUGCUACUGAGGAUACUACCUUGGACCACUAUUAACAAAUCAUUUUACGGCUCUGAGCCCGACUUCACCGGGCCCCUCCAAACAAGGUACUUUGCCACUCCCCCCCACCCCGUCCUUUCAACUUUACCUCAGCACAAAGUGCAAUCUCCUCUCAGUCUGGUCAUGGGUUACUAAAUUUCCCCUGGGGGCUAAACAAGACAGACAUACAGGUUCUCAUUUCCGGGCCUUUGCCAACAAUAGAUCACGGAUCGCUUUAGUCAUCUCCUCUUGACUACACUGUUGGCUUAAAUUCUACUGUUCCUCCAUGAAUUUGAAGUUCAUUGACAAUUUUGACAACUUCUGGGAGAGGUCUCAGUUUUACCCGUGCGAGCAAGAGUUCUCAGCCAUCAUCGAGGAGGCUCUUGUAAAACAUUGACUCAUAUACAGCCCAACCCUGGCCCAGGUUGUUCUUCCCAUUCCCACUAUAUCACAGCUUUAUCAUCGUACUACUACAGAUCGUACUACUACAACCAUAUUCCCAAGGGGUAUUGUGUGUAUUAAUGUUGUGGCCAUAAAGUGAAUGUAAUCUGUUAGUUCUGUUAGUUCUGUUACUGUUAGUUAUGUUAGUUCUGUUAGUUCUGUUACUGUUAGUUCUGUUAGUUCUGUUACUGUUAGUUCUGUUAGUUCUGUUACUGUUAGCCCAAUUGGGAAGCCCACUGUGGUAAGCUCGUCCUGUGUUAUUAUUUCAAAUACCAUAAAUAUGGACACCACCGCUGUUUUCAAAUGGCAUAGAGGGCUUGGACUGUUAAAUAUCAGGGUAGAAACGUUUGAUGUCAAAGAUGGGACACGAGUCCGGAUAUUUGGUUCUCACAUAGACUUGGCUAAAUGGCUCGAUCUCGGAUAAGGACAUUGAUACUGCAGAUUACAGCAUCUUCACCUUGACUUUGUUCACAUUUUGUUCUGUUACAGCCUGAAUUUAAAAUGGAUUAAAUUUGAGAUUUGUGGGGUCACUGGACUAAUGUCAAAGUGGAAUAAUGUUUUUCAAAUGUGUUUAUUUAUUAAUUUAAAAAAUGAAAAGCUGAAAUGUCUUGAGUCAAUAAGUAUUCAACCCCUUUGUUAUGGCCUAAAUAAAGUUCAGGAGUAAAACAUUCUACACAAUACUAAAAUAAUUGACUGAGUGAAAAGAAGGAAGCCUGUACAGAAAGAAAAUAUUCCAAAACAUGCCUCCUCUGUUUGCAAUAAGGCACUAUAGUAAUACUGCAAAACAUUUGGCAAAGCAAUUCACAUUUUGUCCUGAAUACAAAGUGUUAUGUUUGGGGCAAAUCCAAUACAGCACAGUGAUGAGUACCACUCUCAAUAUGUUCAAGCAUAGUAGUGGCUGCAUCAUGUUAUGGGUAUUCUUGUAAUCACUAAGGACUGGGGAGUUUUUCAGGGUAAAAAAAAAUAAAUGGAAGGGAGCUAAGCACAGACAAAAUCCUAGAGGAAAUCCUGGUUCAGUCUGCUUUACACCAGACACUGGGAGAUUAAUUCACCUUUCAGCAGCACAAUAACCUGAAACACAAGGCCAAAUCUACACUGGAGUUGCUUACCAAGAAGACACUGAAUGUUCCUGAGUAGCCAAGUUACAGUUUUGACUUAAAUCUACAUGAAAAUCUAUGGCAAGACCUAAAAAAUGGUUGCCUAGCAAUGAUCAACAACCAAUUUGACAGAGCUUGAAGAAUUUUCUGAAGAAUAAUGGGUAAAAGUUGCCCAAUCCAGGUGUGGAAAGUUCUCAGAGACUCAGCCAGAAAGACUCACAGCUGUAAUCACUUCCAAAUGUGCUUCUACAUUGUUUUGACUCAAGAGUGUGAAUAUUUAUAUAAAUUAGAUAUUUCUGUAUUUCAUUUUCCAUAAAUUUCACAAAACAGGUUUUCACUUUUGUCAUUAUGGUGUAUUGUGUGUAGAAACUUGUUUUAUAUUUUAUCCAUUUUGAAUUCAGGUAACACAACAACAUGUGGAAAGUGUCAAAGGGUAGGAAUACUUCUGAAGGCUCGGUACAGUAUAUCCUCUCUCCAAGCACAUUAUGGGGUAUUGUGAUGUCAUUAUGGGGUAUUGUGAUGUCAUUAUGGGGUAUUGUGAUGUCAUUAUGGGGUAUUGUGUGUAGAAAUGGGUUGAUUUAAUCCGUUCUGAAUUCAGGCUGUAACACAACAAAAUGUGGAAUAAGUCAAAGGGUAGGAAUACUUUCUGAAGGCUCGGUACAGUAUAUCCUCUCUCAAAACACAUUAUGUAUGCAUGUGGGUAUUACUGACUGACGAGAGUGGCUAAUAUUUAACAUGAUACAAAUUGUAAAACAAAAUGGAGAAAAAGCCCCGGGCAUAUAAUCCAAACCCUCUAAACCACAUACAUCAAUUUGGCAGGGUUUAGCCCUACAGAAACCUUUCACUUGGGUCUCCAAAUUUUAUCCAUGCAAAUUGAAGACCCACAAAUUAAGAAUUCUGAAUAACGACCCAGGAUAUUUAUAUUUCUUACUGUGCGAUACAUUUCCUGUUGAUAUGACUUUCAGUUUGCUUCCAUUCGUCUCCAGGGAUCAACAAUUACUACGUGUAUUUACAAUCCCCUUCUCCAUUCAACUGGGUCAUUUCUAUCACACACAAAAAAAAUGAAAGUAGAUCCUUUUUUCCACCUGUAACUGGUAGAGCGGCAUGAUCUUAUUCGCGGCUUCUUCACACGUUAAGGUGGUGUCAUUAUCUGGGUGUAUUAUAUUAUAUCAGAAUAUGGUGUAUUUGUAGACACACAUUCAUUUAUUUGAGGUCCACCUUAAAUAAAUAGUGGGGUGAAUACCAUUGCUAUUUGAUUUGAUUGUCAUGCUUAAAUUCAAGGUAAAAAAUAAUGUGAGCUUUAGCACGAGUUGGAAUCUGGGCCUUUAAUGCAUUGAAGCAUGAAAAAUUCCUCUCCUUCCCUGGCCGAGGCAAGUUGUCAGACUUGUCUCAGAUAAUUACUGAGAUAAAUUAGAUAAGUCAUGUUUUUAAAUCAGCAUUUUAUCUCUGCAGGCUUUUUAUUUGAAAUAAAUGGCGGUUUAAUUGACCCUGAUCAGUCAAUCGACUGUCUGCUCCUCUUCUAGCCUCUCCCCAGGGUCUGGAAAGAGGCCCAUAGACUCCCCCUGGUACCCUCCCCAGGGUCUGGAAGGAGGCCCAUAGACUCCCCCUGGUACCCUCCCCAGGGUCUGGAAGGAGGCCUAUAGACUCCCCCUUCACAAAGGUGGUGAUCCGUUUGACCUAAAUAAGUAUCGCCCCAUUUACAAACUAUUUUGCCUAGUUAAAAUCUUAGAUUCCAUGGUAAAUACUCAACUAAGAUCCUUUUUUUAACCAAGACAUUUAUUCUAAAAGUACACCAGUAAGGUUUCAGACCAGUUCAUAGCACCAUCUCGGCUACUUCGUUGGUUUCGAACGAUGUUGUUAAAUUGUAUGGAUAAGAGGAGUAAACACUGUGUGGCCCUUUUUAUUGACUUGUCUAAAGCCUUCAACACUGUGGAUCACACAUUACUCAUUCAGAGGCUUUCAUCAAUUGGUCUGAACCAGGUUGCUGUACUGUCGUUGGUUGGAAUGUUAUUUAAAGGACUGAACAGUGUGAAUUUACUGAUGUUAUUGAAUCAGGUUUUCUGUACAAAAAAAAAGGGUGUCCCACAGGGAUCCAUUCUUGGUCCAGUUCUUUUCACUAUUUACAUUAAUAAUAAUGGUUUAUCUGUCAAAAUAAAUAAUAACGUUCACCUGUAUUCAGAUGACACUGUGGUGUAUGCCGUUGCCCCAACAGCUGAACAGGCUCUGUCAGAGAAUCAAUCUGCCUUUAUUGUCCUGCAGAAAGCCUUUGUUGAAUUGAAAUCAGUACUUAAUGCAGGUAAAAACUACGUUUGUUAUUUUCCAGAUCACAUAAGGAUGUAUCUGAUGAUUUAUUCAUACAUACUUUGGAUGGUGCCCUCUUUGACCAUGUCCCCUCUUAUAAAUAUCUGGGCAUCUGGAUUGACAAAAAAAAACAAUCUUUCAAAAAAGCAUAUUGAUGAGUUAGUUAAGAAAUUAAGAACUAAAAUAGUCUUCUUCUAUAUGAGGUGGCAGGUAGCCUAUUGGUUAGAGUGGAGGGGUGGCAGGUAGCCUAGUGGUUAGAGUGUAGAGGCGGCAGGUGGCCUAGUGGUAAGAGCAUAGAGGCGGCAGGUAGCCUAGUGGUUAGAGUGUAGAGGCGGCAGGUAGCCUAGUGGUUAGAGUGUAGAGGCGGCAGGUAGCCUAGUGGUUAGAGUG